CACACGAAGAAAUUCACCCAUGCAGUUCCGUAGGCUCUAGUAACAGCAUCGAGCAAGCAGAUUUAUGUGAUAUUAAACCCUGCAUGAAUUCAAAAUAUGAACUGUACACAUCCCAUGACAGGUAAAGGAGCGGAUGGAAUGAGCCACAAAACAAGAAAUGAAGUUAUACACAGCUUUCAAGUCAACUUCUUCGCCAUGAGUCUAUUAAAUGCAUUUCCAUGGGAUUCUUUAGACCGAGAAAUUAUGACUACAACAACUUCAGACAUCAUAAUGGAGAUUCUUCAGAUGACAUGUUUACAUCCCAUUUGCCUCAAGAAUCCCCCUUCUUUGAAAUACAGAAGACGCUUCCUAACAGAAUUGAUCAAAAGGCAUGAGAUGUUGGCUGCUGAACCUCUGGAUGUACUGUAUGAAGCACUCGGAGAGGUCAUGUGUGCACAGGAGGAGGAUGUGUGCUACAAAACCUACUUAUUGCCAACAGGAGAUGCUGUUAGUCUAGCCGAGAACGUGGCGGUCAUCUCCCAAGGAACCACAGGUCUGGUUACCUGGGAGGCUGCCCUGUAUCUGUCUGAAUGGGCUUUGGAGAAUACACACCUCUUCAAAAACAAGACCGUGCUUGAGCUGGGUAGUGGAAUUGGACUUACUGGCAUUGUAGUGUGUCGGUCAUCAAGCCUAACCAAGUACAUCUUCAGCGACUGCCAUCAAACUGUGCUUCAGAGGCUGAAGGAAAAUAUCUCAAACUGCUUAACUAACUGUGACAGCAACAGUGCGUCAGUGUGUGUGGAGGAGCUGGACUGGGAAAAUGUGUCUGACGAGCAGCUGCAAAGAAUACAGGCCGACACCAUCAUUGCCGCAGAUGUGGUGUAUGAUCCUGAUAUAAUUGCUUGUUUGGUGAGACUGCUGAGCAGCCUUCUGAACGGCAAAGUUCAUGAACAACAUCCUGAUGUUUACAUUGCAUCUACUGUACGCAACCCACAGACAUAUGACUGCUUCAAGAAAGAAUUAGAAAUGGCUGGACUGAGACACGUCGUCAUGAAAGAUUCUGUCGCUCAUGUAUUUCCAUACAACCAAGCCUCCUCUAUAGAGAUGAUCAAAAUAUAUGUAUGACAAAAACAAACUCUUUGUAAUAAAGUAUUUAUUUUCACAAUA